AUGGAAGAAGCUAACGACAUGGAUGCUCCUGAAGUGAUCGAAAAUUUGGAAGACCUGACGCUCACUAGCAGAGAGGGAGGAUAUGUAAGUGAACAUUAAAAGAAGAAUGAGGUUUCGUGCAUAUAGCAGAGAUUUCGAUGGAUUUUAACUUAUAAAGCACGUGCGUCUUGCGUCUGACUUCUUGUUGAAGGUUCCAAACAGAUACACUGUCCCUUUAAGACAGGGAAUUGACCUGCAAGACCUUAUUACUGGUGAUGGGACGAUGUUUGAGACCGAUCUUGAUAACUAUGGUGAGAAAAGUAAUUGUGUUUUGCCUCCUACAUGUACAGCUGCAGGUCGUUGGCUCGUUGAUGGAUUCUUUUCUUUGCCCCAGCUUCAGAUAAACAGAAAAAAAAUGUUAGAAUUUUAGGAAAGCUCUUCGUUAAUCAAUACUACCCAGUGACACUAGAAAGUUUUCCAUGUGCAUUAGUAUACCGGGCCAAUGAACGGUUUGAAGAAGGUGGCAUAGUGUAUCGUCGAAUUCCGUCCUUGGGCAUACCCCGCGGGGCAGCUUUGUCUUUCCAGGUGGUGGGGGGCGGGGGUGGGAGGGAAUUUCAUUAUCAUAGUCUUCCUGGGGUGGAAAAUUUGAUCCAUAGAUAAAUCACUAUCCACCAGACAAGUCUCAGGGAAACCAAUUGCGUUAUCCUAUCCACUGGAUAGUGAUUUAUCCAGCGGAUAGUGUUAUCUAACUUUUUAACAGAUGGGGCCAGUUCUUAAUUUUUGGGGGUACCUUGCUCCCUUUCAGCUGAAUUUGAAGAUGAGGAAGAGUCACAAUAUUUUGAUGCUGAGGAUGUGUUUCAGCAACUGAAUUAUGAGUGCAAUGAUUUUGGAGGCGAUUCUGGAUCAGACAGAGAUGAGGAUGUGGUAUGUGACUUCUAGCCAGUUGAAGCAGCAUAGGAAUAAUAAUAUUAUUUAUUUUAAGGCUGGUUUUCACUAGUGACAGAGUUGGAGUCGUAAUCAAGCAUAGGACUUAACGAGUUAGUGAAACCAGCGCUCUGAUUCCACCUAUGACUCUGUCAUUUAUGAUCAAGUUAAAACUACAGUAGGUUGUAGAAGUCGCAAGCAGAAGCAGAAGAACUAAACCAAUCACAAAUCAUGGGAAUGUACAUUGUGAGGGGUUAAUCCUUCCGCUCUUGCUUCCGACUCCUAACAAUCUGGUUUUCACUAGAUCAUAAGUGGAGAUGGAAGGAAAUGGAAACAUUCUGAUUCUUCGUACACUGAUUCCCUCGCACUCUUGACUGUGCUUACGACUCCAAUUUUUUAUUUCUGAGAGUCAUAGGUGCUCUCAUGACUCUGCUUACGAUUCCAACUCUGACUCCGUCGCUAGUGAAAACCAGCCUUUAGUGACCUAUGAAAACACAUACAAAAAAUGAAUGAGUAUAAAUUAUAUAAAAACCAGGGUUUAUAUAAAAGAUACAUCAGUUCAUACCAAAAAACUUCUUCACUGAAUUGGUUUGACUCCUUCUUGCCUUAUAAAUAAAAUAACUUAAAUAUUACAAAUGCUCUGAGUGGCAGCAUCUGUUGUGUUUUCAAGAGAGUCUUUUAAACACAGUUACAGGACCUUUGCAAUGUGCUUGCUAUUCAUGAAUUUUAUCAUGAUUCAGAAAAAAAGUGUACCCUAAAACAAGGAAAAUUUUUAGAAAUUUUCAAUGUGGCAGCUAAGCCUAUGGUCAUGGAAAACUUGGAAAGGUCAUGAAAAAGUCAUGGAAAGUCAAGGAAUUUCAAGAGCUCAAAAGAGUACAAACCCUGAUGGGAGAUGGAAAAUUUUGUUUAAGUAACAUUUUAGCAAGAAAAAUGCAUAUUUUGAUAAUGUGUUUUUGCAAAACAAGAAUAGACCUUUUUGGCUUGUAUGUUAUGUUUUCCCAUUUGAUAGAAGUCUUUAUAGAAGUCGUUAUUAAGAAAUCAGUCAUGACAUACGUGUGGCUUUACAAUCAAUAACAAGCUAAGCAAAGGUAAAAAGCCUAUCAUAUGUAUUACAACUCUGAAAAAGAUUUAAGUUGAAAGAUACUAAGAAGUAAAUUUUUAAAGACACCUAUUCACACUAUCACCUUUGAAUCACUCCUUUUUUACUCUAGGGAGUAUGAAGUCAUGACCCCUUUCUCUAAGAACCCUAUUACAUUUGGGUGGAAGCAAGUCAUACAAUACACAACCGGUGUCACUUGUGAUCACGUUCCCUAUUCUUAAUUACAUCAGAUAUAAGAUUAAAAUGAUGAGAUGUUAUUAAUUGUAUAGCCAAAGCGAUAGGCUCUCUGAAAAAAGGUGUCAAUCUGAUACUUCUAAUCUGUACAGAAAUAAUGACAUUUAUCAAAGAGUCAAAGAGUUUACUGAGUUGAUCUUUAGUGUACACAUAAUACUUGCUUACUCUAAGAAUAUGAAGUCGUCUAGCAGCUCUAGAGAGUAAACUGUCAAUGUGAAGAUCCCAAUAAUUACAAGGAUGUUCAUGGAAAGUAAUUCCAAGGUUCAGCCACUCUUUCCACUCAAUCCCAGGCAGUGGAGGAGGAGCAAGCUUAUUAGUUCUACUACAGUACCGCUCAAAAGUAAGUUACCAGUCGCCUCUUGUUUCCUGUGCAACAAGAACCUGUCACAUGCAAUGCAAUUCUCGUCGUGUGCUAUGAGAAUUGCACAGUGCGAGAAUCAUUGAAGCGGCAAUUUUUGGCAUAAAUCAUUGGUGACAUGUCCAGUGAGAAACCAACUAAAAAUUUUGCUUAGCGUUAGCCCAAAGACUGAGGAAAAUGGGCAUUAGAUUUGGCAUAAGUCUGUUCUUUAUAGUUUUUUUAGUAGCAUUUCCCACGUCUUUGACAAAUUCAAAGACAUCCUAUUGUUGGCUGCCCAGCUCUUAAGAUACUUAACUUUUGCAAGCUCUGUAUCAGAUUCCCUUCUAACAGGUACACUAAUGGUGAAGUCAUCGGCACAUUUCGAGAUCCGGUUGUUUGAAUCAACCAGCUUUAUAUCAUUCACCAUCGGAGAGAAUAAAAGUGGCCCAAGGACUGUGCCCUGAGGCACCCGUUUAUUAAUAUCAACAUAAUCAGUUAUUUUUCCAUCCAUGACGACCCUCUUUUUGCAGUUGCCAAGGAAGCUGAUAAUCCAGUUGAUGAUGUAUGGAUUGAGAUUAGUAGACUUUGACUUUUCACAGUCUGCUAUUAAUUUUUUUGAGACCACAUGCUGGUCGUAACCCACAGGACGUCUGUUUCUUUCAAAUGUCUUCCAAUCUGUAUGCAUCUAAUAAUUAGAUGCAAACACAAAAGGAAAGUUCCUUUGAGACCAUUGGGAAUUAAACAAAACAUAAGCUAAAUUGGUCUAUUCAUUAACUGUCUUGCAUAAUGUCGUAAAGUGCAUUUCAGGCUAUGCAAAGAGAGAGAGUUUUCUCUUGCUUAACAAGGUAGUACCACCAAGUCAAUUUAUUGUUUUGUUAUCUCUUUAUUUUUAUGCUAGACACCAUUCAAACGACUAGCGCGUGGAAUGGAGGAUCUCACAGGAGAUGGAGGAGUCUUGAAAAAAAUUCUGAGACCUGGAACAGGGCCUGUGGUACCUAAGGGGGCAACUGUUAGAUGUAUGUAUAUCCGUAUGAGCUGCACAUGUAUGAUGAACAAUCAUGUAGUUUGUGGUGCAAUUUAGGUUAAAACUAUUUUGCUCAAACCUACGAGCAGUUUGAUAAUUCUCUAUUUAUCAGGGUUGUCAUUAAAACGGGGGGCGGGGAUUUUUGCUACUAAACCUACCAGCUACUUUUUUGAAAAUAGAAGAAAAAUUCCCUAGCCAUUUGAUUCCCCGCCUACUUGUUGUAUUUGCCCGGCAACUUGAAAUCUUAGUGACAACCCUGUAUAUAAUCACUUUUAAAAGCUAUUAAAGCAUUUUAUUCGCUUUUGUUUGUCACCAUUUUUGAAAAUUAUACCAGAAGUUGAAUGGUGAAACAUUGGCCUCGUCAUCUCACUUAAAUUCCGGGUGCGUUGUAUCUGGAAAACAGUGCUAAGUAGGCGAGCUGUGUUAACCUAGUGUCACACAGCAACGGUGUAAAGUGAUAUGCAACGCUUUCACAUCUCAAUCAAUAAACUAGUUUUCAGAUGACUUUAAAAACAUGUCGAAUGCACUCUCCUAAGCUCUGAUUACUCCUAGUUUUAUAGAAGGGGAAAUACAGUGUAUGUAUGCAGUUUUGCCUCUUUGGGAACAAAAGACAGUAAAGCUACAUGCAAACGGACACAUCCCUGUUGAUAGUGGAGUGCAAACCGAUACAACAGCUCCCAACAAUGCUGGGAUCUGAAGUGCAUCAAGGGAAGGAUACAACCCAUAAGACUUUGGAGCAGGGUGCAAAGAAAGCCAGUUUUACAGCCUGCCAUUCCGGCAAGUGGUAGCUAGCAUGUACUAGCCCACAAGUCAUUUCAACUAGCCCCAAAACCCUUUUUGAUUAGCAGGAUUGAUUACAAUCCUUCUGUAAGUUGAAUUUUCCCAAAAAACAGCACUUGCCCGUGGGGCAACUUGAGAACAAAAAUCACUAGCCCGAUAGCAAAAUCCAUUAGCCCCGGGCUAUCGGACAUGACUUUCUUUGCACGCUGCUUUGGAGACCAUGUAUAAUGCACUUGUAUGGCCCCAACAAUAAUGGAAGAGCUUGGCAAAAGGACACAACAUUGUUGCUCUAUGCUUCAGCAAUCAUGGAACAAAAGAAAUGAUGGGAGUUGUUGGCUCAAAAGUUUGAUUGGUUUCAAACUUUGCACAACAAUAACUCCCAACAACAUGUAACAGGGUGGGCAAAUGGACACAACAUACUGGCAACAACGUUGGGAGUUGUUGGCCAACAAUGUUUUGUCUGUCUGCAGGAGGUUUUAUUGUCCUUUAUAGAGAUGCCCUGUUAAUCAUACAGGGUAUAACUUAACCUUCUCUCAUGGAUACAUGUACAAUGCACCUCUUUGAUACAGUUACAUGGUGUCACCACACCUUAAAAAUACUGACACUUCUAUGGUUCCAAAGAUACCCUCACAUAUUUUCUACUACUACAUAACACAGACAUCUCUAUAAUAAUGGAUAGUUGGGCCAUCUCAAAAUUUCGCUUUCUGCGUCUGGAUGCCCACACUUUGGAAGCUAAUAUUUUACAUCUGGAUCAGAAGGCCACAAAGUGUAUUGGGCAUGACCUAUAAAUGGCUUGGUGGUAAGUUUUCGCUCUUUAUAGCCAGACAGUGACCAGAAAACUGCUCAAGUAGCAUAGCUUCAAAACAUGUUUCAUGUUUCAUGCAUCAAGGUUCAACUUGACAUAAUUAGCACUUCUUACAACUAGCUCGAUUACUAGUCACUUGUUUUAACAUGCUCUAAGCUAAUUGUUUGUAAUGAUUUUCUUUCAGGGCAUUCUAAUGGUUAUGUUGAAUUUGAUGACGAACCUUUUGACAGCACAAGGUUGCGAAACAGGCCCUAUGUAACCAAAAUAGGUAAAGCAGACUACAACCUCUUGGUAUUGUUGUGUUGGAUUUACCUAAUUCAGAGCUUUAAUAUUUCAUUUGUUCACUGUAAUUUUUUUCUUGUGUAGUGGUUGUUGAUUAAAUAUUAUCCAUAACUGAUUAUCACAUCACUUAAGGCCUUCUGUAAAUGAUUAAUCACCCAUGAUCAUCAAUACACUGCAGUUUAGCUUAUGUAAUGGAUUUGAAAUCUGAAGAAAACUUAAAAAACAAAAAUCCUGGCCUUGUGCAAAUCGUCCUGACCUCAUACUAGAAUCUUAACGUCUCUAUAAUAAUUAUAGAGACGUUAAGAUUCUAGUAUGAGGUCAGGACGACUUGUACAAGGGCGAGAUUUUCAUUUUUUUAAGUUUUCUUCAGAUUUCAAAUCUGAAGUGCAUGUUCAAUUAUUGAUGCCGCUUGCACCAUGCGUGCUUUAAAAUUCCAUUUUCAGAUGAAAUUGUCCCAGGUAUUUCAGUAGGGAUCAGUACAAUGAGAAAGGGAGAGUUGGCCCGUUUUCUUCUCACACCAUACUAUGGAUUCCGAGAGCUUGGCUGCCCUCCGCGAGUCCCUCCAAAUGUUCCAGGUUGGCAUAAUUUAAAAAUGCUUAAUGUUCAAUUGUUUUUCUUGCUUUUUAAUGUAUAAUUCUAAUAAUAUUUUUGUAGGAACCUCUGGUAACAGUUCCAAAAAAAAAACAAAACUCUGAAAUAGAAAAUCUAUGCCAAAGCAACAUGGAAAUUUUCCUGUGUGGCCCCCCUGAAUGCACAAGAGAAAGAUUUUGGGAUAGUUUGAAAAUUUCCAAAUUUAGAAUCCCACACAAAUCCUUCUUGUGAGAUAUACUGCUACAAAAUUAACAGGUUUUCUAAUUUUAAUAUGCUCUUUCACUUCCAUUCCUGGUAAAGACAGAUAGCCCUUAUGCAUUUUUACAUGUACCAGUGUACAUCAGACAAGCAAAUUUCACCCCCUAGCCGAAUUUUGAAAUUUUAAAGAUGUAGAGUUAUGCAAAGAAUUUUUGCGAGGCUUGGUGGAGUAAUAAAAUUAGUAUUUAAUUUGCCUAUCUAAUGUAAUCAUGCAUAAUGGCCAUUGUGUUUACAGAAAGUUGACCUCGAAACCAACUAUUAUAAUUUCAAAGGGCCCAUUUAGAAAAGUUUUGGAGGCGGCUGUUUGGUAGGAAGAUAAAGCAGCUUAGUACAUGUAUAUUGGCUUUUCAUUGUAAAGCAUUAUGCAUCAUUAACAUUCUAGUGCUAUAUGAAGUAGAGUUACUGAGCUACAUAGAUCACAAAGCUGCAGAGGACUAUGAUACCUUCACGGAGGUUAGUAAAACGGGGAAAAGUUAAUGCAAUUACCCGUCAUGCAUAUGUUACAGGUCAAAAUUAUUUUCAGGUUAAAACUUUUUAACCUAGGUUGACUCUUGAUUUCCUCUGUCUCCUAGCCCUCAAUAUUAAUUUUCGUGAGUUAGGGCUAGGAAACAAAGGAAAUUGACAAUCAACCUAGGUUACAAAAUUUUAACCUGAACAUAAUUUUGACCUGUAAAGGUCAGAACACAUGAGGUGACAAGUUGCAGCAACAAGUCGCGGCAACAGAACGCUCUGUGUGUACAUGUCGGGUGACAAGUUGCAGCAACAAGUCUUGGCAACAGAUCACUCCAUGUGUGCAGGUCGGGGAGCAAGUUGCAGCAACAAGUCUCAGCAACAGAUCACUCUGUCUGUGCAGGUCAGGCGACAACUUGCAGCAACAAGUAAUGGCGACAGAUAAUUCCGUGUGUGCAGGUUGGGCAACUAGUUGCAGCAACACAUUGCUGCGAAACAUCCCAGCAACAAAUGGCUUCAUGUGUACUCGAGAAUUUUGGUAAAAAAAUCUUUGUCUCUGCAACAGAAUUUGUUGCCGCAACAAGUCGGACAAAUUCUGUCUGAUUUGAUUUUUUGUGACAUGUUGCCACGACAUGUUGCUGCAACAAGUCACCUAGUGUGUACCAACCUUAACACAUACAAAAAAUAUUCAAGUUUGAAGAAACCUUUCUGUGAUAAACUUCUCCAUAUUGUUUCUUUUUUUAACUUCUAUCUCAAUGCUUGGAAUUGUUUUUGUACUCAUGUAUGGAAUGAGUCUGGCUUCCAUCAGCCAAAAAUUAAUGUCUAUCCCUACAAUUUUUUUUAUUGGGAUAACUGGUACAGUUGGACAAGAGUUGAAGAACAUGUACAGUUUCCAACAUGUGGUCAACAUUCCAGCAGUCAUUUGCUUUGCCCAGAAACAACACAGCUGACACUUUAGACUAGUUAUUUUGUCCUUCCUUUGGACAUGUAUGUGCUUCUUCUACAGUGUAUAUACAGUUACUUCCCUUGAUUUGCAUUUACGUACUUUGUUUUGCAGGAAGAACGAAAACAGGCAUCUUUUGAACAGCUUUUGAGAGUGGCAAACUCAGAAAGAGAGGUAAAGUUAAAAGGCAGGUACAAAAGUCGGACCGGAUCAACCCGGACCGCCAGUCCGGGUCGGAUCAACUCGGAUCGAAUAAAAAAAUAAAAAUAAAAUAAAAUUGGACUCGGAUCAACUCAGAUUAUUAAAAAAACAACAACUCGGAUUAUAAAAAGAAAAAUAAAAUCAGUCGGUAUCACUUAACUUUCACCCGCUAUUUUGUUUUUUUCUCGCGAACUCAUGGUUGCGUAAAUUAAUUUUGUUUUUAUUUUUACUAAUUUUAAUGAUACACUAGUGAGCAACACACAUAAAUAUCCAGUAAACAUUUUCAACUUGGAAGGAGGAGAAACCAUGCUUGCCUGGGACAAAGGAAAUUUCCAUGCCCCGGGCAAGAAUCGAACUCGCGACCAUCUCGGUUCAGUGGUUGGAACGUUCGAUAAACCUGUAGUAUUCGGAGCGUCGUGAGUUCAAUUCUCGCCCGGGUACGAACAUUUUCGUUGUCCCGGGCAAGCAUGAUUUCUCCUCCUUCCAAGUUGAAAAUGUUCACUGGAAGUGUAUGUGUGCUGCUCACUAGUGUAUCAUUAAAAUUAAUAAAAAUAAAAUUAAGUUAUGCAACCACGAGUUCGUGAGAAAAAAACAAAAUGGCGGGUGAAAGUUAAGUGAUACAGACUGAUUUUAUUUUUCUUUUUAUAGUCCGAGUUGCUUUUUUUUUCUUUUCAUAAUCCGAGUUGUCUUUUUUUUAUGAUGCGAGUUGAUCCGAGUCCAAUUUUAUUUUAUUUUUAUUUUUUCAUUCGAUCCGAGUUAGUCCGAGUCGAUCCGAGUUGAUCCGGCCCGGACUGGCGGUCCGAGUUGAUCCGGUCCGACUUUUGUACCUGCCUAAAGUUAAAAGAGUUACAUUAUCAGUGUGAGAUGAAAAUUAAGUUGUUGCUUAUCUGUACAGUGUACAGUGUACACUACAGUAGCCCAGAGUGAAGUAUGAUCAUUUCACCAACAAGUCAUUAAUCCCUAACGCCCUGUUCGCUAAUGUGUUAGGACAGUUUUAACCACAGAAGGUGAUAUGUUUGACUUCUGUUGGGAAUACUUGUUUUUUUUCAUUAUUAUUCUAAGUCAUCUGUACCACUGACUGAAAAAACAUCUUUGUCAUCAUGUGUUUUGUAUUAAAGUGGUUUUGCUAAUGUAUUGUAACAGUUGUGAGUCAGUUUGUGUGAAUUAGAACCCAAUUUUCAUCAGUGGAGAAAGUUUCCCUCUCAAGAAGAAUAACAUCCUGUAAUGUUUACUCACCUUGCUUGCUAAAUUGAUGCCUUAUUUUGUUUACUUUGACAUUUUUUCUUUUGUGCAUUGAGGAACUUUUUUCUCAUAGUGAAGACUUCAGCUGAUACAGUUCUUUCUGAAUUUUGGGUGAUCUACUAUGCAUGAUCUCUGAACAUUUUAAAGUAGUCAUCCACCACGUUUUUCUUGGCCUAACACUUUAGUGAAAUGACCUAAGACGUUAGCGAACAGGAAGUUAGUGGGUGAAACGACCAGUCACUCCCCAGAGCAGUCAUGCAUUCCAACCAAUUCCCUUUUUCAAAAGCAUUGAAUUUAACUCUGCAAAUGUUACUUGCCAGUGGGACAACUUGUUAUUUUAAUAACAGGCUAGCCUGAUUGGUCACUUUAUUAACCCUAGGCUUGCGGACAGCAGUUUUGUGGCAACUUGAUUGAGUACAGCAUGUAUCAAAGUCUCUCAUCCUGUUCUGCAAGCUACAUAUAAAAUUAAGUUGGAACCACAAUAUUUGUGUCGGCGUAAAAGGUCACAGAGAGUAGACCUACCUGUCGGAUUUCACUUGUUGCAUUUAUCUUUUCUUUUGAAGGCUGGAAAUGAUUUCUACAAAAGGAAGCAAGUAAAUAAAGCAAUAAAUAAAUAUCUAAAGGUAAGAGUUUAGCCAUAAAACCCUGUUGCUGUCUAGCCUCUUCUGACCUUCACUGUUUAUUUUUCUUCUCAGAUUAAUUUUGUUGUAUAAUUCAGACUUUUUGUGUUCAACCAGGCAAUCAAAAUACUAGAGGACUGUCACCUGCAGAAUGCUGACCAGGAAAGAUGGAUGAAUGAGGUUUUGCUGAAGAUUUAUCUCAAUGCAGCUCACUGUUCCCUGGAGUUGGCACAACCAGCAAGAGCCAUCAAAUAUGCACGGAAGGUACAAGACCUAACAAGUUUCCUCUCUGAAUAAAGCACACUUUAUAAAGAAAACUAAGGAAAUUCGUGAUGGGGCUAGAUGCCUUCGUUUUGUUAGUUAGUUUGUUUGUGUGAUUGACUGAUUACACCAUUCAACACUAAGUGCAUAAACAAUCCACUGACUGAGUAAUAACAAUAAUAAUAUUAUGUAAUAUUUAACAAUUAUUGAUUGAGGCUGAUUAUCAUCUGAAGAAUUAUGGAGAUCAAGAAGGGUGUUAUCCGCCAUUUUUUUCUCACUACCAAAACAACUCAACCUCAUCCCUGGGUCUUCUCGGUUAACAGUUCAAUAAUCUGCAACUUUGCUGCACUUUUGACGUCAUUGGUUCAAUUUGACAAAAUUCUUCCAAAUUUGGUCAACAGUAGCUGGUUAUGAUGUAUUAUGCGUGUGCUUUUAGCCAAUCAGAAAUGGAAAAAUAUUUUGAAUGAAUAAUAUCUCUUGUUCUGCAGUGGUUGAGAACUAUGGUCUAUGAGAAUACAUACCAUGAAAAUGAUGUAAUUUCAAAAAUUUUCUCUGGCUCUCUUGCUUUGUUAAGAAACUUUGCUGUGAAUGGACAGUUGAAAUUUGUUAUGUUAUUGUAAAGAACAAAAAUAAUAAUGCCAAUGGAGGAAAACAUUCCUAUAUUCUUUAAGUGUCCAUUUUUGUAUGACAAUUGAUGAGAACGGUAGAAAAGUUGAUUAUAUUGUGUUGUGUAAUAGGAAUUUUGCAAAGCGGAAAAGUGAUGAGUUGUGUCCUUCUUUCUCGAAGGAACCAGUUUUGUGUCAGAUCGAUAUUCUUUAUGCACCUUUUAUGCACGAUGAUAUUGUUGCUUUUAAAAAAACUCUGUUCUGAUUUCAAAUUUCCUGGCGAAGACUGUUCGGAAGAUUGUUUAACAGCCACAAUAAUGCCAAAGGGAUUGAUGACUACAUUUUUCUACUUUUUUUUUCUGACAGGCAAUAGGAAUUGAUUCAAGAAAUGCAAAAGCUCUAUAUAGAAUGGGAAAGGUAUCAUUGUGACUCAGUUGUAAAAAGUAGAAAGAUUUUAAUUAACACAGUUACACAGUUAAGUUGUAAGCUAAAAGAAAACAUGUCCCUCACACCAAUUACAUCAGCUCCAAACUGCGGAUCAACGGUGCUUGAAUUACAGUGUGUUUUUGACAUAGAUUGACUAUGCAAAGAUGUGAUUCGAUGAAGCAGAAUUGAACUGUACGAUCUGGCGCAGGGCUUUCCGCUUAAAACUGACUGAAGUUGGGUAAAGCUUUGUUUAAUUUUCUUAUUUUAUUAGUGUGGCUAAAUGUAAUUUAGGCAAGGUUAAUCUCGAGCUAAUGCUGCCAGCGGUCUCGCCCAGUUUGCACAUGAUCUGUGGGGGCGCCCCUUUGGAGUUCGUAGGGGCAAACCACAUACAGCCUUGCUCUCUAGCGAUCGUUGCAAUCAGUGCUUUUGUGAGCGAAUCUUUGCGGAUUCAUUAGCCCCACCCUCCCUUCCCAGAGGGCUACUUGACUUCAGAGGUAAGUAUCGGGUUAGGUAUAUAUUUCCACUGGACUAGUUUCAGUGUGACGGUGCCUGUUAGCGGCUGCUACUGGGGUGGUUCCCGCUUGCUGGGUUGCCAUGGAGACUUCCCUGCGGUGCCUGGAUUACCUCGGGCCCUUCCCCGCUAACUUUUAAGGCACCAGUUCCCAAGCUCAUCAAUUGGUGAUGAGUUUAAAUAUGUGUAAAUGCAGUUAGAGUAAUUAUUGUGGUGCGAAAAAAAGUUUGAUAGGUCUUAAGACUGGUCCGAUCAAACAUAUUAAUCUCGGACCUUAGUUUCAGUUUAUUUACUUGCUCUGUUUAAACCUUAAAUUUAAAUACACUGAUUCCAGAAAACAAACGGAAGUUGCGUGUAAGAGAGGUUUAAUAGCCCUUGAACAAAUCAAACUGUUGGACUAAGAGAACAAAAAUAUAAAUAAUUAAUGGAAAACUUGAAGCUGCUUGUUGCAGGCAGUUAUGAAGAAAACGAUAUGAUUGGUCGCAAAGGUCGCCUCAGCUGCAAGCUGACCGAAGUAGACUGAAUGGAAAUGGUCCAUCAGGUGGAUUGUUCUGUCAGCGCACCCACAGAAUGCAGCAUUUGAGACCAAGUUUAUUUGCAAUUGGCUCUUACCCCUAAUUAUUUAGGGUGAGCUAGGAAAACUGAUGCACAUGUUUUUCGUUGUUUUGGCAGGCGUAUAUGAAGCAGGGCGAGUUUGACAGAUCAAGAGAAAUGUUCAAAAAGGCGCAACGCUAUGAACCAAAUAACAAAGCAAUUAAUGACGCCUUAAAGGAUUUGGAGAAGUGAGAGUUUACUUGUAUUGCAAGAAACUAGGAAAUAUUCAAGGUCCAACUUUUAAACAAAGAGCUACUUGAACUUGCUAUAGACUUAAAGAGAAAGGAUUGUAUUGUCCUAGCGUUUGCGCUUCUAUCGACCUCGUAGACAGGGGUGGUCUUGAAAAGGUGCUACAGUGAUUAUUUAGAGGGACAUAGCAAGUCCAUUUCUUCCAUGCCUCUUGCCAAUGCUAACCCUUUCGCUUCCAAAAGUGGCCGCAGUCAAAAUUCAAACGAUUUUCGUUUUGUAAAAUGCUGAAAAACAAAUGGUACCUUGUGAAAGUAGUUCCAAAGAAGUUUCAUUUGAAUGGUCACGAUAGGAUUUUGUCUAUUUUUGAUACUUGAAAGUUAGAAAUGCAGGACUCCAUCGUCCACUCUGGGAGUAAGAGGGUUAACGGUAUAUACUUUUGAAUACUCGGCCGUGACUCAGGCUCAGUAAUUGGGUUAUUGGCGCCAUCAUACUUGUUGGCCGAUGAGGAGCAAGGCAUUCAUUACUUCCCUAACUGUUUCGGUUAGAGUAAGUUGAAGUUUCAUCAUAAAUUUGUUUUUAACGCGAUGACUAGGAAACUUUGCAAACAACAUCAGAUGUCAUUUGGCAAUGAUAUCAGAUAUUUCGAUUUUACUGCUGGUAAAUAUUUCUUACGAUAUUAGCGUGGACCCAACUGUUCAAAGAAAAUCGUGUCAAUCAAGAAAUUUUGCUAGGGCCGUUUAUUGAUAUAAUUUAUAUGGCAGGUAAAUUUCAGAGAGCCACCUUAAGACUGUAGUAGAUGAGUACAGAAAUUGUCUGAAAGGAUAAUCAAAGAAAAUGAUAAAUAGUUUAGUGAGUCUUUUUUCGAAAGCGUCUAAUAUUUCACGAGCGAGCGCAACACUCGAAGAGAAAUUUCGUAUCUCCGCGAGGCCAUGUAAUAUCCUCUAUUUCUUUCACCAGGAAAGUGGAACAAUUUCGUUCGUUAGAAAAAGAGAGAUGCAAGAGAAUGUUUGCCCAGCCAGCAGCUGCUACUAAUCAAGGUAUAAUCCGUCAAUACACUGUAACGAGUUUCCAUGCUUAUAUGUCUAAAGGUACGGUCAGUAAAACCGGGGCAACAGAAACGUGCGACCUGUUUUGCAAUAUAUUGGCAAAACGAGUUGAUUAGCAAUGUUGUCCGUUUUAUUACCCACUAGUCAAACCUGUCGCCAAAAAAUCAGGUUGUUGCAGGUUGCGCAAAGUUGUGGCGAAAGUAGAGAGUAGUUCUACUUUUCGCGACAACAUCUGUACAUGUUACGCGUGUUCCCGACCCACGACAAACUUGUUUUGCAACUAUUCCUGCGUAAGUCAGCAUUUAUUUUUAAAAUGAAAAGUUGUUGAAAUCAUGGGACGCCAUACUUUCUUUCUCUUAGAUACACGGAAUGGUGAAAGGUCGCCUCUUGCUUCUGGGAACCUUUCAGAUGAAAAGAAGGAAGUGCUUAUGAAGCAGCUAAGGUUCGUCUCAGAAUGCCACAGGUUCUACACAAUUAUUCUGUUUGUAUGCUUUAAAAUUCUACUACAAUCUUAUCGCAAAUCCUAAUUAGGCCAUUUUGGAUUUCUAAAAUAUCUUACUUUCAAAACUAAGUCAAGUGAAAAAUACCGUGGGUAUCAGAGGUUUUUUACACGCGAGCGGGUGGAUGCUUCGAGCGGAUGGAUGCCUCGAGCGGGUGUCCGCGGCGACAGACUGGACCUGAACCAGAAAUUGUACAUGCAACGUUUCUGCCAUCCAGGGACUGAGUGGAGUUCAAUUCGGUCUGUAAUCAUUUACAGAUAUUAAAAUAUCUGUUUAAUUACGGAUAUGAUUACAGACCUAUUUGAAUAUCAUAACUAUAAGAAAAUAUGUGAUGUUUGAAGCUUUUUAAAAAUUUAAACAGGAGAUAUUCCGGGAGUUUUCUUAUAGCAGUGAAGAAAAAGACAUAUUCAAGUGCGCACCCGCGAUGGCCUGUACUUUCCAAUUGCUUAGGCAUGACGCAUACUGUCCUAUUACACUGUCCUAAUAAUGCUGAAGUAUGGACAGCCCAAUCAGAUUUGAGAAUUUUGUUAUAGUUAUGAUUAUUAACGGAAUGAAAGCACUAUUUAAUUCUAUUUGCUGAGCACUAUUCUGCUGGGAUGCUGACAGUUUUGCCCCGCGAUAUUAACCAAGCGAACCUCCACUAACAGCCACCUCUCUACAAAUGGCCACUUUUUGUGGGGCGGACAGUCCAUACAUUGACUCUUGUUUAAGUCUCUCUACAACGGCCACCUCUCUACAAAUGGCCACUUUUUGGGAGGUGGACAGUCCAUACAUUGACUCUUGUUUAAGCCUCUCUACAACGGCCACCUCUCUACAAAUGGCCACUUUUUGGGAGGUGGACAGUCCAUACAUUGACUCUUGUUUAAGCCUCUCUACAACGGCCACCUCUCUACAGAUGGCCACUUUUUGGGAGGUGGACAGUCCAUACACUGACUCUUGUUUAAGCCUCUCUACAAUGGCCACCUCUCUACAGAUGGCCACUUUUUGGGAGGUGGACAGUCCAUACAUUGACUCUUGUUUAAGCCUCUCUACAACGGCCACCUCUCUACAGAUGGCCACUUUUUGGGGGCGGACAGUCCAUACAUUGACUCUUGUUUAAGCCUCUCUACCUCUCUACAGAUGGCCACCGGACAGUCCAUACAGAUGGCCACUUUUUGGGGGGCGGACAGUCCAUACAUUGACUCUUGUUUAAGCCUCUCUACAACGGCCACCUCUCUACAAAUGGCCACUUUUUGGGAGGUGGACAGUCCAUACAUUGACUCUUGUUUGUUUCUACAAGCCACCUCUCUACAAAUGGCCUUUUUUGGGGGCGGACAGUCCAUACAUUGACUCUUGUUUAAGCCUCUCUACAGAUGGCCACCUUUACAGAUGGCCACUUUUUUGGGGCGGACAGACAUUGACUCCCUCUCUACAACGGCCACCUCUCUACAGAUGGCCACUUUUCGGGGGCGGACAGUCCAUACAUUGACUCUUGUUUAAGCCUCUCUACAACGGCCACCUCUCUACAGAUGGCCACUUUUUGGGGCGGACAGUCCAUACAUUGACUCUUGUUUAAGCCUCUCUACAACGGCCACCUCUCUACAGAUGGCCACUUUUUGGGGGUGGACAGUCCAUACAUUGACUCUUGUUUAAGUCUCUCUACAACGGCCACCUCUCUACAGAUGGCCACUUUUUGGGGGCGGACAGUCCAUACAUUGACUCUUGUUUAAGCCUCUCUACAACGGCCACCUCUCUACAGAUGGCCACUUUUUGGGGGCGGACAGUCCAUACAUUGACUCUUGUUUAAGCCUCUCUACAACGGCCACCUCUCUACAGAUGGCCACUUUUUGGGGGCGGACAGUCCAUACAUUGACUCUUGUUUAGACCUCUCUAGCACGGCCACUUUCUUCUGUCCCCAAUGUGGCUGUUGUGGAGAGGAAAAACUGUAAUUCGAAUGUACGAGCGAACAGCUCAAAAACGUGGGCAGGCAACUCGAACAAGCCAGCGAAGAUGUCUUUUGAGCGAUUUUGGACAGCUUAACAUCCAGUCGUAGAUAAAUACGUCCUGACGCACAUCAUUGCUCUCAAACUGUCACUAUUUCGAGCUCAGUCACUAGGAAACGAUAACCGCAUGGAAUGAUUAUUCCUUGUUUAAAAAUUUAAGUUGAAGCUGAUAAUAAAUGAAGGUCAUUUUGGCAUUGUUCUAACUUAGGGAGUUUCAAGAGGACGACAGUAAGAAAGAAGUUUGUUUUCCUGCUACCCUAACUAAACAAGAAAGAGAAUGUAUCAAACUAGCUGCACAAGAGAUGGGACUCAGAGUGGAGGACGGCAGAAAGCAGGUACAUUGAAUAUAGAAUGCUUAAUGCCCUAGUUGAAAUUAAUAGUUGAGAGGGUCGAGGAGACACAUUUACCUAUAUAGCUGAUACAGUAGAGAACAACCCUUCUCUCCCCACCCCUGACCUCCUCGAGAGGUGUAAAUGUUCCUGUCACUCCUAUCCAUAACUGAGUUCCUCAAUCAUGCGCAGAGGUGCAAAUCUGCUUUUUGGUGGGUCACUGUAUUUCUUCACCUGGCUGACGAUUGGAGAACCAGGUGUCACUGCGUUUUCAGCCAGUACGCUCUUCUUCGUCCAGUUACCACCAUCCAACUUGGUUACAAGCCCAGUUUCCCGCCGAACCGCAGUUUUUGGUGCUUUCCGCGCAUGCUCGUGAAACUCUGUCAUGCUGCCUUUAUGCUAACCUUACUUACGCAAUUUUCGUUUCCACUAGGUCUUGUAGAUGAAAAUCUGCCUUUUUCAAAUUAAUAACUUUAGCAGAUAAUGCUAACUUCAUUUACUAACUUUGCAAUAAAGCCAUGAUCUUUACUGCUCGAAUGUGUGGUUCAUAUUCACCGACGACAGUAGCUGGAUCAUAUAACAUUGUGCACACAUUUCUAUCUUUCGAUAAAUGUUCGAUGAUAAUGCAUUGGGCUUGAGAAAAGCGCAGAAUACUAUUUUAUCACGUUGGAAGCAAAUGAUCCGGUUCCUAAAUUGUUCACUGCGAUAUUCGGUCAGCCAUUAAACACUGCAAUAGCUUAACUUGUUUCCUUUUUCACAGCUUAAACGCAUUGCUGACAGAUUCGCUUUGUUAUUAGGGUGCGGACAAAGAACUGAAAGUGCUCAAAGAAUAAUUCAGACCGUGCUCCAGCUUGUGUUAAGUGAAGAUAUCGUUCACAACAGUGCCAACGUCCUAACUAAGGAUACUUAUCAGUGA